GACGAGAGCCACUCGGAGUGGGUGUCCUGUGUCCGCUUCUCCCCCAACAGCAGCAACCCCAUCAUCGUGUCCUGCGGCUGGGACAAGCUGGUCAAGGUGUGGAACUUGGCCAACUGCAAGCUGAAGACCAACCACAUCGGGCACACGGGGUACCUGAACACCGUCACCGUGUCCCCCGACGGCUCCCUCUGCGCCUCCGGGGGCAAGGACGGGCAGGCCAUGCUGUGGGACCUGAACGAGGGGAAGCACCUCUACACCCUGGACGGGGGGGACGUGAUCAACGCCCUCUGCUUCAGCCCCAACCGCUACUGGCUCUGCGCCGCCACCGGGCCCAGCAUCAAGAUCUGGGUACGGGGCACUGGGAUAACUGGGAUAACUGGGAGGGACACCUGGGAUGGCUGGGAUAACUGGGAGGGACAGCCGGGAUAGGUGGGAUGGGUGGGAGGGACCCCUGGGAUACACUGGGAUAACUGGGAGGGACACCUGGGAUGGCUGGGAUACACUGGGAUAACUGGGAGGGACA